GAGGAAGAACCCCUAGGUUUCACGGGCGGCGGCUGGCUCGAGACGCUCCCGACACGCUCAUCCAUGGCCGCGCAGCAGAACAACUCCUGGGGAUUCCUGCUGCGGGUAGCCGAGGCUACUCCCGCCGCCGAAGGACGCGCCACGACGGGUGUCGCCCCCUGGGUGGACGACACCGGUUACUUCCACUGGACACCGGGACAUGAGGCUCACGGUCUGGCCUGCGGUCCCUCGGAGUCGUCAGCCGCCCAAGUGUCCUCCGAGGACCGAACGAGCGGGCGUUCCCGAUCCUGGGCCUGCACCGCCGUGGUCCUCGUCGGCGCCGUCCUGCUGGCCUCCACCGCGUGCAUGGCGGCCAGUUCCAACUGGAUGCUGCUGGCCUCGGCCGUACACGACGCGGGAACCGGAAGCGGGCUCGUCUUCGCCGCGACGACCGCCGCCACCACCACCGGCCGGGCAGCGGGCAGUCGUCGCGCAGGUGGCCUCCUGUUCCACCGCCACGCCGCCAAAGUCGACGGCCACGACCGGACGGUCACCGACCGCGGACGGGCUCAGCCGCGGUCGGCAGGCGACGUCUCCUCGGGAUCGCCCGGCGCUUCCGUCGCGGCCGCAGGCAACGGCUCUGCGCAAGGUUCGGCGGCGUCUGGAAGCACACCGGCGGGACAGGCCGAUGCGUGCGGCGCCGUCUACUACACCUACUGCCCGGCUCUGCGGGACGAGUACCGGGCCUCGCCUGCGGCGUGCGUAUCCAGCGGCGCCGAUCACGUGGCCGUGUGCAACCGCGGCUCCAACCGGUUUGCCAGCCUCGAGGAGUGCUACCGGGCCUGCGGGCUCCUGCAAGGGCCCAACAGGGACGCCUGCUUCGAGCCGCCACUCUUCACAGCCUGCGAGAGGCAAGACGUGACGCGCAGCUGGUGGUACUUCGACGGGCACCGCUGCGCCCAGUGGGGCUUCCCGCAGGGAGAGUGCCCAGUCAACGGGACCGGCGCGUUGCACGCCUCGCUGGAGGAGUGCCGCCACCAGUGCGAGGGCCGGCGCGGCGGUCGCAACCCGCAGUGCCGCCCCCCGGCGUCGACCACGUGCGACGAGGGGCAGCUGCGGUUCCCGUACUUCGCGCGGGUCCUGCCCAGCGGCCGAGGCCUGUGCGUGAGGGCGUCGGUGAACACGCUGCUCACGCACCGGUGCCUCGCCGGCGCCAACCGCUUCGACAGCAUGGCGGCCUGCAGGGACGCCUGUUUGCGGCGGUGAUCGGGGCGGCGCCCGAUCUCGGAGGGCCGCGGCCGGGUCUCGGAGGCCGUGGUCGGGCGUCGAGAGCGAGUUUCGUUCGCACGUGCCAGGAGGCGCCGGCUCCGUUUGUCGCCUUCGGCGACGCUCUUUUUUCGGAUGUUCUUAGAGGUGUUCAUUAAAAGUAUUUCACAAUGUC